CCCGCGCCACGACAAGAUGGAAGAAAGCAGCCAGCGCAGGAGAACAAUGUUUUGGCAAUAAAACCCUCGGGCGGCGAAUACAGAGAGAAUAAAGACGCGUUUGAAACCCGCUGCGGUCAUGCGUAGGAUAGCCUACUCCUGCAUUCCUUAUUAGAUUAAUUACCCUCCUCGUCCCCUGCACUAAGCAAAACCACCAUCAUGAGUAUUAUCCAAGACAAGUUAGGCAAUGAGUUUUUGCGCAAUGGAGGCAUGGACCCCAAUUUUGCACCAGGUAUGCUUAUGUUUAGCCACUUGCCACCAGUCACCAGCUUUACACGGCUGGCCUCCCAGUCUGUUAUGGGCGAGCUUCCUCAAGAGAUGAUCCUGAAAAAAGAACGUGACUCGCCCCCAGAACAACAGGGAACCAACACUGCAAACACGGGGGGCUUUCUUCAUAGCAUGGGCAUCAAACAAGAACGGCUAAGUGAGCUGGAUUACCGAAUGCCCCUGUACGGUGGUGGUGGAGGAGUAGGGGUGAACUGUGCAGGAGGGGGCGUGGGGAAAAGUGGUAAUGACAUCCCAGAUAUGUCUUUUGUCAACCACCACCAAAACCACCAGAACAUGCUCCUGCAUGACCUCAGCCUCAGCAACGUUCGUUCUUUGGGAGAACCGAUGUCUGGAAGACCAGGUAAAGAGCCAAAAGAGUCCUCGGGUAGAAGAGGGAAGAAGAGCGGGGAUGGGCAGGGAGGCAAAGCUCGGAGAAAACGCAAUGAUGCUUCAAAGGCCCUGAUGUUGGAUGCAGACGGAUCCUGCCUGUCCCCUAACUCAAAACCACAUAUCUGUGAGCACUGCAAUGCAGCCUUUCGCAGCUCCUACCACUUGCGUAGACAUGUGCUCAUACACACAGAUUGUACAGGUGAGAGGCCUUUCCGUUGUAGUCAGUGUAACAUGAGCUUCAUUCAGAAGUACCUGCUCCAGCGGCAUGAGAAGAUCCACAGUGGGGAGAAGCCUUUCAGCUGUGACCAAUGUAACAUGCGCUUUAUCCAAAAGUACCAUAUGGAGCGACACAAAAGGACACACAGUGGCGAGAAGCCUUACCGCUGUGAUACCUGCCAACAAUUUUUCUCAAGAACAGACCGGUUACUGAAGCACAAACGGACUUGUGGAGAAGCCAUAAAGAAGGGUCUGGACCCGAGCAUGCUGGAGCUCAGUGAAGCAGAGCUAGGCCAGGGCAGCUAUUCAAUCACUCAGGGAAACUCUACCGCCUCCGGACGCAAGAGGGCAAAGUCCAAAAACGGCGAAGGCGGCGAGCGCAAGAGGAAGAAGAACGCCUCAGCGGCAGCUGCUUCAUCCGGGGCAAUGGCCCGUGAUCUGGGCCUGCAGGACUUCAACAUGGAGCAACCUUCAGGCUCCGACCCUGCGAUGCAGGGACGCACUCCCAAACUGGUCUUUAAAAAGACAGGCCGCAAAGGGCUUGACAAAGGCCUCCUCUCCGUGGAAGAUGGUGCCGAUGGGCAAAAACUGUUAACCCAGAAGGCCGGUCCCAUGGACCACGUGGACGGCCCCGGCCUUGACGGCAUGGGUCUGCUCCAGGGACCUGGGGGCAACAAGCCCGGGCCCACCACCAGCAGCAACUACGACGAUGCAAUGCAGUUUGUCAAAAAGCGGCGUUACCUCCACGCCGUUAACAAUGACUAUGGAGCUGGUUCCCUGCACAUGGCGUCCCAGGGCAACAACGUCAUCCAGGGCUCCUUGGGGCCGGAGCCCACGCUGGCCAUGCUGGAUUCCUCGCCGCUGGAUCUCAAACACGACAAGUCGGGCAUUCCAGAUGAAGUACUGCAAAGCCUGCUGGAUCAUUAUAGCCAUAAGCCGGAAGGAACACACCCCCACGAUGUGACUUUUGACCUGUCCGACCACCCGCACCAUGUAGACCUUCAACCAGCAGCUCCCGUUACCCCAGAACUGGACGACGACUCCCCAAACGGCGGGGACAAAUCGGCAGUGAUGAGCGAGUACUCCAAGUUCCUCCUGCAGGCCCUGGAGCGCACCAGCCACAGCGGGCCCUUCUCUAGCCUCGGCCCCACGGGGCCUUUCCCACUACUGUCCAGCAGCUCCAGUCCCACGGGGCCCUUGUUUUCCGACAAACACGUGUACACGUCUCCUCUGGACUGCGGCUACCCGCCCGCCGUCUCCUCUCCGCUGCCCAUCGUCGCCCCUUCAUCAACGUCCUCCUCGUCUUCCUCCAAAUCCCACUACGGCAUGCUCGUGGGAUCCCCGUCCCAGGCGGGCUACCACCUCAGCCUGGACGCCGGCGCCCACCAGCAGCUGACUCCGUCUCAGGAGCUGACUGAACAGUUAGAGAAGCAGCACUCCCCCGGCACCUUCAGCCUCCCCUCCCAGGAGCUCUCCGCCGUAGCGGAAGGCUCCAAAGGGCAGCAGCCUAAGGCCGGAGGGGGCAGCGCGCCCACCAACGGCUCCAGCUACCCAGACCUGUCCCCGCUCAACCCCCCGAAAGAAACCACGUACCAGAUCGAGAACUUUGCCCAAGCGUUUGGCUCCCAGUUCAAGUCUGGACGGCGGACCCCUCUGAGCUACGGCAGCGACCCCGGGGCAGAGGUCGACCACAGAAUACGGACUCCAGUGUCAGAAUUCUCAGGGUAUACCAGUUUGUUAGCUGAUGUCAGUGAGCCAGUGAGUACAGGAUCAAAAACCCCUACAAGCCAAAGUUUUAGAUAAGGGGGAGACGAGGUGAAGCCAGUAGGGGGCUGUUGUAUUGCUGUCCACACGGUCCCUACUCCUGUUCUACUUUUGUUCCUGUAGGAAAGUUUUGUUUUAUGAACACUGCCAUUAAAUGUUAAUACAAAACGACCAGGGAGGGUCUAAUAUGGCCUCAAAUGCAAUUUUUUAAAACUAUUCUCAUUUGUAUUAUGUAGUCGCCUAUGUUUUGUUUAAGAGUAGUGAUUUUGAUAUGAACGUACAGUAGGUUUAAAUGUAAUUUAAAACAUUUAGAGGGUAGCUAUGAACUAACGUUUUUUCCUGUACCGCUGUGUUUUUAUCAAUCAUCAUACCAUUGUAAAAGUAAUAAUGAAUAAUUUUGAUGAUUUCAAUAAUGAUAACAUUUUGGCAGGGAAAGGCCCAGAAUUCAAAUGGCAAAAAAGUAUAUAUUGUCUGUUACAAGAAAAGUAUAAACUCAGGAAAAUAGUCGAAAUUGUGUAAUAAAACUUUGUAUUAUGAGAUGCAAUUAGCACAUUUUUACAGGUGUACUUUGAGACUACAAAGCUUUGUUUUUCUCUUUUUGUUGUCUUUUAUUUUUUAUGUAAGAACAACAAAUUUACAGUACAGGAUGAUGUUUGGUUUUUACUGCGUGUAGCUUUGUCGAGAUUAUGGUACUGUUGUCUCAAUGUGAAGACUUCGUUUCUUCUGACAGCCACAUCUGCAUGAGUUGCUAUGAACUGUAGCAGGUAAUUUGUGCUCACACCACUUGUUCUGAGUGAAGACGCUUCAUCACAAGACUGUACAACCAUACACUCCUCUGAGUGUGUGUGCGUGUGUGUGUUUCCACGCGCACUAGUGUGGCCGUAGAAACAGAUACAGCUUAGACAGAAAUCUACCCAGAAGUAACUGUUUCCUACUGUUACAGCUGUCAGUCUGACAAUGCAAUGAAAUACCAAUCUGAUCUUUUCCUCGUGAUGUUGCUGAAGUGAUUUCUCUGGGGGUUUUUUUUUUUGUUUUCUUUUCUUUUUCUUUUAAAAACAAGUUACCACUUUUCUACUUCACUCCUUUCUGUUUCUUUUUUCUAAAUGGAAUCAAACAAGCACUUUUUAAACAAAUCAUUGGAAACAAUAACCCAUUCAAUUUGCAUAUGUGACACGUGAUUAUUAUGCUAAUGAUUAUUAUUAUUUUAAGAGGAUAAAAACUGUGAACGGGAGCUGGGUGGGCGGGGUGGACUUUGACGGGGGUUGAGUAGGCAUGACCAUGGGCAUUUUAAGGGUAUUUUGUUGCUUUUUUUUUUUUCCUUUCUUUCUUUUCUUGUUUUUAUUUUUAUUUUUUUUCUACUACGGUUUUUCGGGUGAUGUUGUAAAAAGAUGAAUUGCCAUAAUUUUGUUAUACAAUAUUUAGAGAGUACCUCUUUGUAUUUAAGUGUUUUGAGAGAUGGGCUGACAUGCUGGAACCCUUAUAUGGGUAUGUUGGAUUCAUACCUGAAACUUUAUUUAUUUUCCAAUAGCCUCACCAGAACUCGGUAGCAGAUGUUUUUAAGGCAAGUAAUCACAGAUGUACACUCAAUUGUUUUAAACUUUUGAACCCUGCUGUUUUUUUUUUAGUAGUUUCAUGAAACGGCUUCAGUGACACAGUUCAGAAACUAAAGUUACAUUAUAUCCUCAUCCCUUCCCCAAAAUGCAGCCCUGCACUCACAAGCAUAAACAAUGGCCUUCUUUGUCUUCCGUGGCUAAAGCCAUUCUGUCCCGGCAGCCAGGGUUGAUAUUUAAUUUAGUUGAUUUCCUGUGAGCCGUUACCCCCUCUCCUGCUCCCCCCUUCCUUUUCCUAUGUCUGCGAGCUCAACAGCCAAGAGACUUUGAAGCUGCUCAGAUCACAUGGAACAAAGACUGACCAGCCACUUCACUCCAAACACACACUAUGCUUUUAAAGAAGAGGAAAAAAAAAAGAGUGGGUGAGGUGGAGGGGAAAAAAAGACAAAAAGAUUGACCUAAAUAUACCUCAUAUCAUUAAAGUGUAAGAAAAGCAGGGACACGCGUUUCAUGUAUGUAGUGGGAAUAUUUGUAGUAUAGGUUCGACAUAAUGUAUAAUCAUUUUAACACUGCCUGUGUUUACAAUUAUAGAGCAAAUGUCUCAUCAAAAUGCAAAUGUAUUUUUUUUUCUGUAAAAAGAAAACAUCCACGCCAAGCAGUGUUGCAUUAUAGAUGCCUCAUAGAACAUUCAUUCUUCUCAUGUUAUAUCCCUUAUUUUUGUUACUUGCCAUGAUGUGUUUUGAUAUGAUCUCUAGAAGGAUAUUGUUUACAAAACUGUACAAAAAACACUAAAAGUCUGGGUUUUUUUCUCCAGUAUGCAUGAAAGACAUUUUGUACUGCUUUUUUUUUUUUUUUUUUUCUUUUCUUCUGUCACCUCAAUACCAAAUUUUGUAGCAGAGGCCUCCCCAUUCCCUUGUCUUAUUCAUUUUAGACCCCUUGUGAUAUGAUUUCCCAGGCUGUACCUGUUAUUGAGAUGAUGAAUGGAUUAGAGAAGCCAAUAAAAACUUUUUGUUACAGAAAGUGUUUUUUCUUCAUAGAUACAUAUUGAUUACAUGAACGUAACGUACAUGUAUUUUUAAAUGCUCAUACGUAUACAAAUAUACUA